AUGAAAGAUGAACAGGAGGAACUCUUGACCAGUCAGGAGGGAGAGCAGCUUCAAGGGCUGGAGGAGGCUGAUAAGACCAAGUUUACAUUCACUCCUGUCCCUUUGAAGGCUGAAGAAGACGAUGACGAGACACCUCAGUCCUCACAGCUUCAUCAAAGAUUAACUGAACAGAUGAAAAGAAACCCUGAUGGAGAGGACUGUGGACCAGAACCAGCCAGGAACUCAGAUCCAGAGAGACAUUUACAACCAGCUACAGAUGACAAGACGUCACACUCGUCUGAAACUGAUGACAGUUGUGAUUGGGAGGAGACCAGGAAACCUCAAUCAGGUUCGAAACCUCUGCAAAGUGGAUGUAACACUGAUGAGAAACCAUUUGGAUGCUCUGAGUGUGGGAAACAAUUCAGCCAUAACUCAACUCUGAGACGACACAUGAGAUUUCACACAAUAGAGAAACCAUUAAGUUCAUUUAGCAGUAAAAGAUUUAUUCAAAGGGUAAGUCUGACACACCACAUGACACUCCGCAAGGGGGAGAAACAUCGGCAGGACUGUGGAGGACCAGAACCAGUCAGGAACUCAGAUCCAGAGGGACAUUUACAACCAGCGACUGGUGACAAGACUUCACGCUUCACUAAACCUGAGACUGAUUUGGAAGAGACCAGGGAACCUCAGUCAGGUUCAGACCCUCUUCCUAACAAUGAAGUAUCUGAACGUGAUCAAGAAUGUAGUACUGUAAAAACAUCAAGUAGCUCCUCUGAAUGUGCUACAAGCUCUGGUCACAAGGGACGUCUGCAGAAACGCAAGAGAAUGAAAACAGUAGAUAAACUGUUUAGUUGCUCAGUUUGUGGUAAAAGAUACUUCUUAAAGAACUCUUUAACGAGACAUAUAAGAAUUCAUCCAGAAGGAAAACGUUUCAGCUGUUCAGUUUGUAAAAAAAGUUUUAGUGACAGAAGGAAUUUGUCCAGACACAUGAAAAUCCACACAGGGGAGAAACUCUUCAGUUGUUCUGUCUGUGGUAAGACAUAUGUCCAAAAGGAACAUCUGAGACAACAUAUGGCAAUCCACACAGGGGAGAAAUCCUACGGUUGUUCCAUCUGUGGUAAAGCAUUUGCCCAAAAGUCACAUCUGAGGCGACAUAUGGCUAUCCACACAGGGGAGAAACCCUUCAGUUGUUCUCUCUGCGGUAAAACAUUUGCACAAAAGUCACAUCUGAGACGACAUAUGGCAAUCCACAGAGGGGAGAAACCCUUCAGUUGUUCUCUCUGUGGUAAAGCAUUUUCACAAGCGGCAAAUCUGCGACCACAUAUGGCAAUCCACACAGGGGAGAAACCGUUCAGUUGUUCUCUCUGUGAUAAAACAUUUGCACAAAAGUCACACCUGAGACCACAUAUGGCAAUCCACACAGGGGAAAAACCCUUUAGUUGUUCUCUCUGUGGUAAAACAUUUGCACUAAAGUCAAAUCUGCGACCACAUAUGGCAAUCCACAGAGGAGAAAAACCCUUUAGUUGUUCUGUCUGUGGUAAAGCUUUUUUACGCGGGGCAAAUCUGCGACAGCAUAUGGCAAUCCACACAAGGAGGAAAGCCGUCAGAUGUUCCGUCUGUGGUAAAACAUUUGCAUUUAAGACACAUCUGAAAAAACACUUGAUUAGCCACAAGGGAGAAACCCUUUAGUUGGAGCAUUUUUGAUAAAACAUCCACUCGCCUCUAACAAACCUGAAACCACGUGUGCUGUUGAGAGCAGAGGAUGGAAAUGAAGCUGCAGAGAUGCUUGUUGAGCAGAUUCCCUCUAGCAGGACUUCAGUACUGAGGUCAAGACUUGACUCAACACUGAUCAGUUCAGAACUGUGACACAGACUAAGUCUUGCUUCAUGCUUGGUUUUUAUUUGUGUCACAUAAUUUGUUCCAUUUCUGUGUACUGUGCUUUUUGGUGUUACAUGUAUUCAUCGAUUUGAAAUGGGUUCAAUGGGUUUUUUGUUUGUGGCUGCAGUUUUCUUAAGUAGCGUCAGUCCACUGUCCCUCAGAGGAGCCGGUCUGUUUCUGAUCCGCCCUGUUUGAUUGUAAAAAAACACUUGUUCGAUACUUCCUGUAGCUGCAGUUUCUCCAGCAGCUGCUGCUAUAGAGUUGACUUUUACUUUGACCCACUGCAGGAAGGUUACAGUUUUCACCAUUAAAAGCUCAACAUAUUGUAAAAGAAUUGCUGUUGGUUUAAUUCACUGUAUUCACAUCCAUUUGAUUUGUUAUGUUUACUUUGCAAAGUAUCUGUUGGGUAACUGUUGUUUAAGCACAAGUCCAAUGUUCUAUUAGAAUCUCUCUGCUUUCAGACGAUGUGAUUAUAGAUAGUUAUCAGUAUUAAUAUGUACAAGAUAAGAUGAACUUUAUUGAUUCACUUAUUACAUCAAAUACAUGACAACAGAUAAGACAUUAAAUAAGAAUAGAAUAAUAA